UUUCUUUCCUCUCUCUUAUAUCCCUCUCCGCCGACGCCGCCGUCGGCCUCCAGUUGCGGAUCGCUGGAUGCACUCAUCGCCAUUUCUCUGUUGAGACCAACCUCACUUGGGAUUCCUCAAUAGUUUUCCAGUUAAUCUGCUUCAAUACUGUUGCAAAAUUCGUUUGAAGAAAUUGGAAUCCAUAUAUCGUGAAAUUGCUUCAAGGUUAUGUGAGAGAAGAACUUCGUUGAGGAAGUGUUGGCGUGUGUAGUUUCUUAUGAGGCUGAGCUCAGUUUGGAGAAUUUUAGUGUUUUGUAGUGAACAGUAAUAGUAGUUUUGCAUAUCUCAACCAAUGUCUCUCAGGAAGCCACCACUUCCUCGCCUUCUACUCAACCAGGUCUCUUGCAUGCGGAAUGCCCAACAAAUCCUUAGAAAUGUUAACGUCUCGAUCCAUGAUGGCAGUGCGCUCGUGUUAACCGGGACCAAUGGUUCAGGUAAAACGACAUUCCUACGAAUGUUAGCUGGAUUCUCUCGGCCUUCUACAGGUGAGAUCCUAUGGAAUGGCCAUGACAUUACAGAAUCAGGAGUGUUCCAUCAAUACAAGCUUCAGCUGAACUGGCUUUCACUAAAAGAUGCCAUUAAAGAGAACUUCACCGUCAUCGACAACGUUCAAUGGUUCGAGGUGCUCGAGGGGAAGCAAGGCAAGUCAUUGCCUUCCCUCCAAUUGAUGGGGCUUGGAAAAUUGGCAAAAGAGAAGGCGAGAAUGUUGUCGAUGGGGCAACGGAAACGACUUCAGCUAGCAAGAUUGUUGGCCCUUGACAGACCAAUUUGGCUGCUUGAUGAGCCUUCAGUUGCAUUAGAUGAUGAUGGGGUGAAGCUGCUGGAAUACAUCAUUGCAGAGCAUAGAAAGAAAGGUGGAAUUGUUAUUGUAGCAACACAUAUUCCAAUAAAGAUUGAAGAUGCCAUGAUCUUGAGGCUUCCACCGCGGUUCCCACGGAGAAUGACAUUGGUUGAUAUGCUUGAUCGGGCUGACAUAUCAUAGCUACAAACUCCGAAAGGGGAACUUUUUGCCAUUUGGGAAGAGAUCUGAAUCUUCGUACUUAUACAUUUUUAUAGAUUCAUUUAUAAGUUUAUUAGGAAGAUCUACACGGAAAUCACGAUUUUGACCUCAAUCAUUUCUUAUUACUAUUCGAGGACAAUAAGCCUUCAACUUUAUCAUCUA